AUGGAGGAACUUGGCAUAGAAAGUCCAGCGUCAGUUCAGACGUCAUCAAUUUACGGCAAGACUACUAAAUUUACGGGUCAUCAAGACGAAGGAUCAGAUGUCUAUCUAAAGCUUAAAAAAUUACAGAAGGAGCUAAAAUUAUUGCGAUUACAAGAAGAUUAUAUCAAGGAUGAACAGCGCCACUUGAAAAGGGAACUCAUACGUGCUCAAGAAGAAGUGAAAAGAAUCAAGUCCGUACCAUUAGUCAUUGGCCAAUUCUUGGAACCCAUUGAUGAAAGUACUGGUAUUGUAUCAUCUACAACUGGCUCUAACUAUGUUGUUCGUAUCUUGUCAACUUUGGAUCGCGAAUUAUUGAAACCAUCUUCGUCAGUUGCCUUACACCGUCAUUCCAAUGCGUUAGUUGAUAUAUUACCUCCUGAAGCAGAUUCAUCUAUAUCUAUUGUUAGUGAUGACAAAAAACCUGAUGUAACAUAUGCUGAUGUCGGUGGUUUGGAUAUGCAGAAGCAGGAAAUCAGGGAGGCUGUGGAGCUACCUUUGACUCAAGGGGAUUUGUACUCUCAAAUUGGUAUAGACCCUCCAAGAGGGGUAUUAUUGUAUGGUCCACCAGGAACAGGAAAGACAAUGCUAGUCAAAGCAGUUGCAAAUUCAACUACUGCAUCUUUUAUAAGAAUCAAUGGCUCAGAAUUUGUUCAGAAAUAUCUAGGAGAAGGACCUAGAAUGGUGAGAGAUGUGUUUAGACUUGCGAGGGAAAAUUCACCUGCCAUAAUAUUUAUUGAUGAAAUCGAUGCUAUUGCCACUAAAAGAUUUGAUGCUCAAACGGGUGCUGAUAGAGAAGUUCAAAGAAUUUUGUUAGAAUUACUUAACCAAAUGGAUGGGUUUGACCAGACGUCGACUGUGAAAGUAAUAAUGGCAACGAAUAGGGCAGAUACUUUAGAUCCUGCAUUAUUACGGCCCGGUAGAUUAGAUAGAAAGAUUGAGUUUCCUUCUUUGAAAGAUAGGAGAGAAAGAAGAUUGAUCUUUUCGACUAUUGCUUCUAAGAUGGCAUUAGCUCCGGAAGUUGACUUAGAUUCAUUGAUUUUAAGGAAUGCACCAUUGUCAGGUGCAGUAAUUGCAGCAAUAAUGCAAGAGGCUGGUCUCAGGGCUGUUCGAAAGAAUAGAUACAUGAUUCUUCAAAGCGAUUUGGAAGAGGCAUACACUGCACAAGUAAAGACAGGUAGUGAGCAAGAUAAGUUCGAAUUUUAUAAAUAA